CCACAUCGACAAAGCACGGGAGAGAUCCAUGGUUCAUAAGUAAGAAACCGACCUUAACUGACAAGACGCGUUUUGGGGUGUAAUGGAAGAGUUUUUGUGAGAACUCCGAAAUUAAACGUGCUCAGUGUGGAGUACAACAAGAAUGGGUGACCUUAUGGGAAGUCACCUUCAAUUGCACCCCAAGUCAAAAUCCGUGCGGGUGUAGAUGCCCAAAGCGGACAGUAUCUUGUCGGGAAAAGGUUCGGGAGAGAUCCAUGGUUCAUAAGUAGGAAACCAACCUUAAGUGACAAGAAACGUGCUCAGUGUGGAGUACAACAAGGAUGGGUGACCUUAUGGGAAGUCACCUUGAAUUGCACCCCAAGCACGAAAUCCGUGCGGGCGUAGAUGCCCAAAGCGAACAGUAUCUUGUCGGGAAAAGGUUCGGGAUGUUACAUAAUUUCUUUUUAUUUUGAAGAACAUUAAUGCUUCGACUUUAGAACUUUAGUAAUCCUCUUUGUUUAUGAGUAAUGUAUUCUAUUUUAAUUUAUGAUUUGGUGUGUUGUUAUGUGUAUUCUGUUUAUAAUAUUCUUGUUUACGAGGUAUCGAUCGUUAACAAUUUAAUAUCGGACACACCAGUAAAUGUGAACCCUUCGACACUUCGAUUUGUUAUGUUAUGAGUUAUGUGUUAUGACAUAAAAUAAACACAAUAAAGGGUAAACCACCACAAAUUUAAGUGUCCAAAUAAAAAGAGUAAGGAAGUAUAGGUACUCCAAAGUCCAAAUGCUAAUUUCACAUUGGAAAAAAGAUAAAGAAAAUAGAGAGAGUGACAGAAGAGUGGGAGAGGGAGGGAGAAGACGACCCAUCGUUUUAGUCCCACAAUCGCAAGCUCGCAGCUUCCUUUUCCUUUUCUUUCCCUAAAUAUACCAAUGUCCAAUCUCAAAACCCCACAGAUAAAAACUCUCUCCCACACUCACAUCUCCACUGUCCCUCGCUCACUGCUCACUCUUCCCACUCUCCCCCAAUCUCUCUGUUUUUCUCCCAUUGACACAGCAAGAAAAGCUGCAAAACCAAAAUGGCUCGUCAAUCUGUAGACAACUCACCCCUUCUCUUCUCCUCCCUCAAAUAAUGCCCCUAGAUCCACACAACCCUCUUCUCCUCUUCCUCACCAGAAGAAGAAGAUGGCCAGCCCAUCAUCCCAAGACUCUCUCUACCUCUACUGCCUCGAGGACAUUUUGUCACCCGAGGUAGAAGAUGAAGAAGAGGAGCAACCAGAAACUUGCUCUGCUUUCUGCUGCAGUAAUGAAAACCAUGAAAUUAACGAAUCCGGAAUCCCCAUUGUUUGCUUUCCGGAGCAGGACUCGUUGUUGUUCUCUUGGGAAGACGACGAGCUUUCUGCUCUGUUUUCAAAAGAAGAGGAGAACCCAUUGUACAGAGAGCUCGAAUCUAGCCCCUUUCUGGCCCGGGCGCGCCAGGAGGCCGUGGAUUGGAUCCUCGCCGUUAAUUCGCACUACUCAUUCGCUAAUCUCACCGCCGUUCUGGCUCUCAAUUACCUCGAUCGAUUCCUUGUCACUUUCCAUCUUCAGGCCGACAAGCCGUGGAUGACCCAGCUCGCCGCCGUCGCCUGCCUCUCUGUUGCGGCCAAAGUGGAGGAGACACGCGUCCCUCUUCUAAUCGACCUACAGGUUGGGGAGAGUAGGUAUUUGUUUGAGCCGAAGACGAUACAGAGGAUGGAGAUUAUGGUGCUCUCUGCUCUGAAAUGGCGGAUGAACCCUGUUACCCCAUUGUCGUUCCUCGAUUACAUGGCCAGGCGGCUGGGGCUCAAGGACUAUCUCUGUUUUCAGUUCGUCAGUCGAUGCGAGCGGUUAAUCGUCUCAGUAAUCUCAGAUUCUAGGUCAUUGUGUUAUGCACCUUCUGUAGUGGCCACGGCUGCAAUGCUUCAUGUCAUCAAUGGCGUGGAGGAGCCCUCUGUUGGGGCUGAAUACCAACGCCAGUUGCUAGACAUUCUGGGAAUCCAAGAGGAGAAGAUAAAUGGUUGCGGUCAUUUGAUAAAGGAAUUGGUAUCAUCCGGAAGCCAAUGGAAGAAGCGGAGGAAGUUGGACUCGAUUCCAGGGAGCCCAAAUGGGGUAAUGGAUUUGAGCUUCAGCUCCGACCAAUCUGACGACUCUGCAUCUUCCUCAGUCUCUUCUUCUCCAGAGCCACCGCAUAGGGCGAAAAAGAGCAGAGUUGCAGAACAGGGUACCUCUGCAAAGUUCCUCGGCAUCGUCAUUCCUCCCCAGAGCUAAAAAAAGGACACAACUUGCGAUCUCCUAUAGCUAAAUUUCCAUGGCUGAGAAUAAGAAACUCCCACCAUGUUGGGUUUAAGUAAUGAUGUUCUGCCUCGAGUUUAAAUUGCCUACAAUCUCUGCUUUCCUGCUGCGCCUGGAGAAGUUGUUGGAAUAUUUUGGGAAGAAGCAAUGGCGAAGCAGAGAUGGUUGGCAUUUUAUCCGGCCGGGAUGGGGGAUGAACAUGGAAAUCCAAGGACAUUGAACAAACUAGUGAUGAGGAGUUCUUGGUAGUAGAAGUUAAACCAAUCUAUGUUAUUAUUAUCAGCAAAUCCCAAAAAAAAAAAGUAAAGAAAUGUUACUUUUCUAUAUGUACCUGCUACCACAUAAUGUUCAAUACAUAAAAAGAUAAAAAGUUUACUUACAG